AUGGCAGCUACAAUUCAGGCCAUGGAGAGGAAGAUUGAAUCACAGGCUGCUCGAUUGCUUUCCCUAGAAGGUCGAACUGGGAUGGCAGAGAAGAAGCUGGCCGACUGUGAGAAGACUGCUGUGGAAUUCGGGAACCAGCUGGAGGGCAAGUGGGCUGUGCUGGGGACCCUGCUGCAGGAGUACGGGCUGCUGCAGCGGCGCCUAGAGAACGUGGAGAACCUGCUGCGGAACAGGAACUUCUGGAUCCUGAGGCUGCCCCCGGGCAGCAAAGGAGAGGCCCCCAAGGAAUGGGGCAAGCUGGAGGACUGGCAGAAAGAGCUCUACAAGCACGUGAUGCGGGGCAACUAUGAGACGCUGGUGUCCCUGGACUAUGCCAUCUCCAAGCCUGAGGUCCUCUCCCAGAUUGAACAAGGCAAGGAGCCCUGCAGCUGGCGUCGUGCUGGUCCCAAGGUUCCAGAAGUUCCUGUGGACCCAAGUCCAGGCUCGGGGCCCUCAGUUCCUGCCCCUGACCUCCUGAUGCAGAUCAAGCAGGAGGGGGAGCUUCAGCUGCAGGAGCAGCAGGCGCUGGGCGUGGAGGCCUGGGCAGCCGGGCAGCCAGAUAUCGGGGAGGAGCCCUGGGGCCUCAGCCAGCUGGACUCGGGGGCAGGAGACAUCUCCACGGAUGCUACCUCUGGUGUCCAUUCCAACUUUGCAACCACUAUCCCACCCACUUCCUGGCAGGCAGACCUCCCUCCCCACCACCCUUCUUCAGCAUGCUCAGACGGGACACUGAAGCUCAGCACCGCAGCCUCCACAGAAGAUGUAAAAAUUGUGAUCAAAACGGAAGUGCAGGAGGAGGAGGUGAUAGCCACCCCGGUACACCCCACAGACCUGGAGGCUCACGGAGCUCUGUUUGCACCAGGCCAAGCUGCAAGGUUUUUCCCUAGUCCCAUCCAGGAAGGAGCCUGGGAGAGCCAGGGCAGCGCUUUCCCUGGCCAGGACCCUGUGCUGGGGCUGCGGGAGCCUUCCCGGCCCGAGAGGGACAUGGGUGAGCUCAGCCCUGCGGUGGCCCAGGAGGAGGCGCCCGCCGGGGACUGGCUCUUCGGGGGAGUCCGGUGGGGCUGGAAUUUCCGGUGUAAGCCUCCAGUGGGCCUGAACCCCAGGACUGGGCCUGAGGGACUCCCUUUCUCCUCCGACAACGGAGAGGUCAUCUUGGACCCCAGCCAGAUUCCAAGACCCUUCAACGAGCCCUGUAAAUACCCAGGCCGGACAAAAGGCUUUGGCCACAAGCCAGGGCAGAAGAAGCACCCGCCCGCCCCCCCGGGGGGCCGGCCCUUCACCUGUGCCACCUGCGGGAAGAGCUUCCAGCUGCAGGUGAGCCUGAGCGCGCACCAGCGCAGCUGCGGACUGCCCGAUGGGGCGGGCACGGCCUCCAGCACCACGGGCAGUGGCGGGCGGGACAGCAACGCCCUGCGGUGCGGGGAGUGUGGCCGCUGCUUCACGCGCCCUGCGCACCUCAUCCGCCACCGCAUGCUGCACACGGGUGAGCGGCCCUUCCCCUGCACCGAGUGCGAGAAGCGCUUCACCGAGCGCUCCAAGCUCAUCGACCACUACCGGACGCACACGGGUGUGCGACCCUUCACCUGCACCGUGUGUGGCAAGAGCUUCAUCCGCAAGGACCACCUCCGCAAGCACCAGCGCAACCACCCGGCCAUCGCCAAGGCGCCAGCCCACGGCCAGCCGCUCCCGCCGCUGCCCCCGCUGCCCGCGGCCCCACCCGACCCCUUCAAGAGCCCCGCCGCCAAAGGACCCCUGGCCUCCACGGACCUAGUGGCCGACUGGACUUGCGGCCUGGGUGUCCUGGGGCCCGCCGACGCUGGGGACCUGUGAGACGCCCCGGCCCACCCAGGGCCCCCGCGGGCUGCAGAUGUACAAAGCCCCGUUUGCAGAAAUCAGGACAGCGCCAAUGCAGAGAGCUCAAUGGGGAACUCGCAGAGAACCAAAUUUCCAUGAUGCUGAACUGAUCACUGGAAACGAGAAACUGCCCGACAAGGGAGCUCCCACCUCUGAACACCGUAGGAAACUGGUUGGGGAACUGAACACCUUAGUAGCAUUUGAAGCAACCUAAUUGCAAACUGGUUUUUGUUCUUUUCUUUUUAAUUCUUGAAGAAAAAGCUGGAACCCGGUAGCAGGCCUUUUGGAAUUUCGUAGUGUACUUUUGGUUUUCAGAAGUGUGUGUCCUCUGUGCCCCGAGCACUGGAAGCUUGGUCAGUGGGGACAGGGCGAGGGCUCUGGAUACCCCCACUGACCCCCAGCCCCCGGGUCCUUGGACCAGGCCAUCCAGCUCUGCUCAGGCCACCAGUAUGGGGCUGGGGCUUUGGACAGUAAGGGGGCCGGAUGAGAAGCCCAGGCUCCACUCAGCAGGAAUGACCCCUAGGGGCAGCCAGUGCAUCUUCCAGCCUAACUUCUGGAAAGUCCCCCCAAAAUACUGGCCUGACUUUCCCUAGUGCAGGCCAUCUGUGGUAUCUGUCCAGGGCAACACAGCCAUUCUCCAUUGUGUGGCUCCUGGGCUCAGCCAAGGAGAGUCAGGUGGAGCUGCGGCGCUAGGUCUGAAGGGUGAGGAAUUCAAGGCUGGGUGUUGAACCCCUGUCCAUCUGGUCCCCCAGAGCCAGAGAUGAGGCAGCAGUCAUCCUCCUCAGGCCGCUUCCUGUACCCCCCAGUGCUUCCGUUUGCUGACCUUUAUGUGGUGUUUUCAUUUUCACAAUGCUUCCAUGCCACAUCUCAUUUGAGCAUUCCCGUGGCUUUCAGAAGAGCAGCAAGACGGGUAUUUCUUUUUUGGAGAUGAGGAAAUAAAGGGCUCAGAGCCCCGCUUGGCUUCACGGCGUGUGCCAGCGGCUGGAGCGAGCUGUGCUCCUUGGAAUCUGUUAGGUAAGAGACGACUUCAGGCUUUGUCCUGUUACCAGUGUGCCCCACACUGGCAAGUCAGAUCCUCAGGCCUCAUGGACUCGUGGCUCAGCAGCUCCCUGGGUGCCCACUUGAGUCCUCCUGGUUGUAAGUGUUUAGGGGCAUGUACUGCCCUGCCCUCGGGGCACUCAGAAGGCAGUCUAGGAGGCUGGUUCACAGCCACCCCCAGUACCUCCAAGGUGGAAUUACCAUCAGCCCAGGUUUCAGGUCCCGUCCCGUCCCCGCCCCGCCACACACACAUCCAUUCCCAUUUGUUGGAGCAGGCACUGGUCCUCUUGCCCAAACGGGUAACUAGUCCACCUGCAGAGGGCAAGACCACGAUGCCCAUUCACUCAGCUCCUCCUGCGUACUUUUGUUAGGAAUAGACUAGUUAAGACAAUUGUUUCUAUGUACUGUAUAUUUUGUACCUGUUUACACUUCUAAUAUUGAUAUAACUGAUAUUUUCAAAAACAAAUGAGCAGAAAACAUCCUGUUAAAAUAAAACCUAACCAGCACCAAGGCA